AUGGUGAGUGGUUGUGUUGAUCCUUCUGUGCCAAUUCCUCCACCUGUUCCAUCAAAAGCUUAUGGACACCAGAAAAGAUACGGCAUGGAGGAUGCUGCAGCACCAGGACUCGUAAGACAUAACUGCGUUUCAACAGCAACAAGAGAUAUGUGGGAUCGUCUCUUCAACGAUGGAUACAAAGCUGAUGUUGUCAUUUACACAGAUAAUGGCGACACCAUCUAUGCUCAUGCCAAUAUAAUUGGAACUGCUUCUCCUGUGAUCAAAGGCAUGUUGAAGCAAGCCAAAAGACAUGGCAAGUGGCAUACAAUCUCAAUCCGUGGUGUUCCUCAUGACGCUGUGCGAGUUUUUAUCCGUUUUCUCUACUCUUCUUGCUAUGAGAAUGAAGAAAUGAAUCAGUUUAUCAUGCAUUUGCUACUUCUGUCGCACGCGUAUGUGGUUCCUCAGCUGAAACGGCUCUGUGAAUGGCAUCUAGAACAUGGUUUGAUUAACACUGAGAAUGUAAUCGAUGUGUUCCAGCUUUCGCUGCUGUGUGACUUCCCACGGCUUAGCGUCAUAUCUCAUCGUAUGAUCAUGAAACACUUUAAGGAGGUUUAUGCAACAGAAGCAUGGAUAGCUAUGAAGAAAAGCCAUCCUUUUCUCGAGAAAGAACUUAGAGAUUCUGUGAUCAUCGAAGAAAAUAUGCGAAAAGACAGGAUCAGAAAACGCAACGAGCAGAGGAUAUAUUCGCAGCUAUACGAAGCAAUGGAAGCUCUUGUUCAUAUAUGCAGAGACGGAUGUAAAACAAUAGGACCACACGAUAAAGAUUUCAAACCGAACCACGCAACGUGUAACUAUGAAGCUUGCAAGGGAUUAGAAUCAUUAAUUCGGCAUUUCGCAGGAUGUAAGCCUAGAGUUCCAGGUGGUUGCGUACACUGCAAGAGAAUGUGGCAACUCCUUGAAUUGCAUUCACGUGUUUGCGCUGAUUCUGAUCAAUGUCGAGUCCCUCUUUGCAGGAUCUUAAAGGAGAAGAUGGAGAAACAGAGCAAGAAAGAUGAAGUUAGAUGGAAACUUUUGGUGAAGAAUGUGUUAGGGACGAAGAAAAUCGGAGGCUCUCCUUUCUUUUUACCGGUGACUAGCUCUUACUCCUCCGUGUCUUAA